UGUGGUUGCCGUGUGAGCGAGCAGGCCGACGCGCAGUCUCCACUACUCUCUCUCUCUCAGUCUUCAAUUUUAAUCAUUUUUAAUCUUAAACUCCCGAAUCAGGCAGACAGACGGCUCGACCUGAAUAACACAGAAUGGAUCUCUCGCCAACUACGAGCCACCUGAUGGCGAGUAACGUGACCAACAAGACCGACCCUCGCUCUCUCAACUCGCGCGUCUUCAUCGGCAACUUGAACACCAUGCUGGUGACCAAAGCCGAUGUGGAGGCCAUCUUCAGCAAGUACGGCAAGAUCGUGGGCUGUUCAGUGCACAAGGGUUACGCCUUCGUCCAGUUCUCGAACGAGCGCAACGCACGUGCAGCCGUGGCCGGGGAGGACGGACGAAUGGUCGUCGGACAAGUCCUGGAUAUUAACCUGGCUGGUGAACCAAAACCUCACAGAUCAAAAACUAUCAAGCGCUCAGCAGGAGAUAUGUACAGUCCUUCAUUUGAUCUAGACUAUGACUUCCAGAGAGAUUACUAUGACAGGGUGUAUACGUACCCCUCGCGGGUGCCUCCUCCUCCUCCCCCGCUCACCCGCGCCGUCAUUCCGUCGAAGCGGCCGCGGGUCAGCGUGAGUGGCAGCCGCCGGACCAAGAGCAGCUUCUCCACAAAGAGCAGCCAGAGAACCUCGCGCACCAUGAGAGCUGAUGACUUGCAAACCAUCAAGAAGGAACUGACUCAAAUCAAACACAAAGUUGACUACCUUCUGGAGAGCCUGGAAAGGAUGGAAAGAGAACACAGCAAGAAAUCAGAGAUGAAAAGCGCUAAAGCGGAGGAGUCGUCCCCCCAGCACCCCAGCGUGAAAAAGGACCGGGAUAACGUGGAAGUCAACGACUACGACGAAGAGGGUGAUUUGGAGGAAGAGGAGAUUAAGAGUCAUGGAAGAGAGGACGACGAAGAGGAGGACGAAGGAGAGCAGGAGGAAGGAGAGGACGACGGAGACAGCACCAACGGAGACCACUCUUAAACCGCUCAUUCUCGUAUGCAGAAGCACAGACUUUACACCGAAAUACGCGGGUGUCUAAAACUCGCCCCGCACGCAACAUGCAUGAGUUUCUGUCCAAUCCGCAAAUCCUGGGUGAAUAAAUAAGCAAAGGGAAAAAUCUGAUUCCCUUCAGAACACAGAAGCACCCACUCUCUCCUCUCCAUCCCCCCCAAUACGACCAACAGUGAUUUUUUUUCUUUUCUUUUACCAUAAGCAGGCUUUGAAAGGUUCCCAGUCGAUUGUUGCACUUCCAUUUCUAACCAGUCAAUGGCAGCGUCACUCACUAUUUCUGUUGUAAAGUUCAACUGGAUUUGAUUCUAAACCGAUUUUAAUUCGAGUAUAUCCGAGGUCUCAGAUCACCGUCAGAAAAAAGGAAAAAAAAAAAGGUUUAGCUUGUACAGUAUAUACUUUUAAUUUUAUUUUUUUGUUUGUUGUGAGUCUAGUGACAAAAUUGAGGAGGAUUGGGCUUCGGAGUCAUGUUUAUUGCUGUUUCAUUUUACUUUUCUUUUUGUCCUGUAAUAAAUUUCAAUAAAAAUUGUAGAUGUUUCGUGCACCGA